AUGAAUUGUGCGACAUGUUGUUUGAAGGUCUCCAUAUUCAUCUUGUAUGUGGUUUCACUUCUCUUUUGCAUAUUUGGACUAACUAACAAUGGAUGGCUUGUUAUUAAAACUGAGAAUGCUACGUUUCAGAUAGGGUUGAAUGAUAACUGCAUUGUUGGGAAUACAGAAGCAAAAAUCGAAUGUGCACCUUGGAGUGAACCUGAAAAGUUCCGAAACGAAUUUCCUGUUGACCCUACUCCAAGUUCAACACUCUUGUUGUUGAAUCGCAUUAAAUGGGCACCGCCAGCUUUUGUUUUAGUUUGUAUUAUUGCCUGCAUCAUAUCAGAACUUUGUAUGAAAUCAUCAUUAGAGGAAAUUUUCAAAACACAAGUAGUAAUCGUUUCUUUUCUCGUAGUAGGAGCACUGUGUUAUAUAUGGGUUCUUGCUCUGACAUAUUACAUUCAUUUCAAAGCAGAUGAUCUAUUCGAGUUCACAUCUGAAUCAUAUAACGUAGAAAUUGGUAAAGCGAUUGGAUGGUACUGGGCUUCAUUUGCUUUCUAUGUGAUAGCAAUUUUACUAUAUGUUGUAAUGCUGAAUAAGGAUAAGAACACACCAUCAUGUAUUAGUACUCAGUCUCAAUCGACACCAAAUGGUAAUCAUGAGAUGGCACCUCUGCAAGGUAACCCUCAAUAG